UGCAGAGAGCUCGGAGCCCGCGGGGGCGGAGCGGCGCGAGCGGCCGCCGGGAGAAGUGCGGCGGCGGCGGCGGCGGCGGCGGCGGGCGCGAUCCAUACACACCCCCGGCCGGCCAGGCCAGCGAGUGAGCGCCAGCCCCGGCGUCCAUGGGGCGCCCCCUCUGCCCGGCCCCGACCCCGGCCUGCGGCGCGCGCCUGCCUUGAGCAGGACUUGGGACUUCGGGAGAGGCUCGUGCGCCCCCAGAGGUGUUGCAGAGCACAAUGGCUGAACAACUCCUUCCUCAGGCCUUGUAUUUGAGCAAUAUGCGAAAAGCUGUGAAGAUAAGAGAGAGAACUCCUGAGGAUAUUUUUAAGCCGACCAAUGGAAUCAUUCAUCAUUUUAAAUCCAUGCAUCGAUACACGCUGGAAAUGUUCAGAACUUGCCAGUUUUGUGCACAGUUUCGGGAGAUCAUCCACAAAGCUCUCAUUGACAGAAAUAUCCAGGCCUCCCUGGAAAGCCAGAGGAAGCUCAACUGGUGUCGUGAAGUCAGGAAGCUCGUGGCACUGAAAACGAAUGGUGAUGGAAACUGCCUCAUGCAUGCUGCUUCUCAGUACAUGUGGGGUGUUCAGGACACAGACUUGGUCCUGAGGAAGGCACUCUUCAGCACUCUCAAAGAGACGGACACGAGAAACUUUAAAUUCCGCUGGCAGCUGGAGUCUCUUAAAUCUCAGGAAUUCGUGGAAACGGGGCUUUGCUAUGACACUCGGAAUUGGACUGAUGAGUGGGACAACCUUAUCAAAAUGGCAACCACAGACACACUAGUGGCCCGAAGUGGACUUCAGUAUAACUCCCUGGAAGAAAUUCACGUAUUUGUCCUUUGCAACAUCCUCAGAAGGCCAAUCAUUGUCAUUUCAGACAAAAUGCUGAGAAGUUUGGAAUCAGGUUCCAGUUUCGCUCCUUUGAAGGUGGGAGGGAUUUACUUGCCUCUGCAUUGGCCUGCCCAGGAAUGCUACAGAUACCCCAUCGUUCUCGGCUACGACAGCCAACACUUUGUGCCCCUGGUGACCCUGAAGGACAGCGGGCCUGAAAUCCGUGCUGUUCCACUUGUUAACAGAGAGCGUGGAAGAUUUGAAGACUUAAAAGUUCACUUUUUGACAGAUCCUGAAAAUGAGUUGAAGGACAAGCUCUUAAAAGAGUACUUGAUGGUGAUAGAAAUCCCGGUCCAAGGCUGGGACCAUGGUACCACCCAUCUGAUUAAUGCCGCAAAGUUGGAUGAAGCUAACUUACCAAAAGAAAUAAAUCUGGUAGAUGAUUACUUUGAACUUGUCCAGCAUGAGUACAAGAAGUGGCAGGAAAACAAUGAGCAGGAGCAGAGAGAUGUGCGUGCUCAGAAUCCUUUGGAUUCUUCCAUUCCCCAGCUUUCCCUCAUGGACAUGAAAUGUGAAACACCCAACUGUCCUUUCUUCAUGUCUGUGAACACCCAGCCUCUGUGCCACGAAUGCUCAGAGAGGAGGCAAAAGAACCAAAACAGAUCUCCAAAGCUGAACUCCAAGCCGGGCCUGGAAGGACUCCCUGGCGGGGCGCUCGGGGCCUCUCGGGGCGAGGCCUAUGAGCCCCUGGCCUGGAGCCCCGAGGGGCCCUCUGGGGGGCCUCAUUCUGCCCCUCCAACAGCACCCAGCCUUUUCCUGUUCAGCGAGACCACCGCUAUGAAGUGCAAGAGCCCGGGCUGCCCUUUCACACUGAACGUGCAGCACAAUGGAUUUUGUGAGCGCUGCCACAAUGCCCGGCAGCUCAAUACUGGCCCCACCGCGGACAUGAGGCAUUUAGAUCCUGGUAAGUGCCGAGCCUGCCUGCAGGAUGCCACCAGGACGUUUAAUGGGAUCUGCAGUACUUGCUUCAAAAGGACUACGAAAGAGCCCUCCUCGAGCCUUGGCUCUAGCAUCCCUCCUUCCUGUCAUCAGCGGUCCAAGUCAGACCCCUCACAGCUCAUCCAGAGUCUCUCCCCACAUUCUUGUCACAGAGCCGGGAACGAGGCUCCCUCCAGUUGCCUCUCUCAGGCCGCACGGACUCCAGGGGACAGGACGGGAACGAGCAAGUGCAGAAAAGCUGGCUGCAUGUAUUUUGGGACUCCAGAAAAUAAGGGCUUCUGCACGCUGUGUUUCAUCGAGUACAGAGAAAAUAAACAUUUUGCUGCCCCUCUGGGGAAAGCCAGUCCCAUGGCCUCCAGGUUCCAGAAUGCUGUCCCUUGCCUGGGGAGGGAAUGUGGCACGCUCGGAAGUGCUGUGUUUGAAGGAUACUGCCAGAAGUGUUUCAUUGAAGCUCAGAAUCAGAGAUUUCAUGAAGCAAAGAGGACUGAAGAGCAACUGGUGAGACACUCAGAGAGAUCGAGCCAGCACAGAGACAUGCCGCGAACCACACAGAGUGCCUCUAGGCCCAAGUGUGCCCGGGCCUCCUGCAAAAACAUCCUGGCCUGCCGCAGUGAGGAACUCUGCAUGGAGUGCCAGCACCUCAGCCAGCGAGUGGCCCCAGGGGCCCACCGGGGCGAGCUCGUUCCCGAAGAGCCCCCCAAACAGCGCUGCCGGGCCCCUGCCUGCGAUCACUUCGGCAAUGCCAAGUGUAACGGCUACUGCAACGAGUGCUUUCAGUUCAAGCAGAUGUAUGGCUAACCGGAGACAGAUGGGCCAGCCCCAGUGGAGAUGGGCCUCAAGCCCUUAGUCAGCGUGGUGCUACACUCGAAACCAGAUGCUGCUGGAGGGCCUGCCCUGCAACAGUGGGCUCGAGGGUGUCUCUGAGUGGGGAGGAGAGAGAAGCUCUUGGUCAUGGCCUCGAAUUUGGUAAUCAGGGAACGUUCCCUGGUGUCCAUAGAGCAUAGCUGUGACUGGCAGCACCUGGUGGCUUCAGCCCAGAGCUCCUCUUCCCCUCCUACCAAGCAGAAGGCCAGGAACUUGAUGGACUUGGAAUGCAUGCCAGGACUGCUUUAUCAUCAUUCGAGUAAAAAGAGAAGACAGGGUGAGUGGAAAACCCAGAACCAGUCCCCCUGCCCUCCGUCAGCAUUUCUCAGAGAUGUCGAAGCUGAAUUCAUGUGGCCUGCAGGCCCUCCAUGAGAAGCUCCUCAGGGAAAAUGGACAUAUUCAGAGCAUCAGUAGUUAAUGGUUUUUCCUGACCUGCCUCGUUCUUUCCCUUGGACCUGGCAGAAGCAGAACCAUCCAUGAACUGUGAUCAUGAGACUGCCGAGACUGAAUACGUUCAUAUACGAAAAAGCAAACCAGCUGCUCUUUACAAUAUGCACCUUUAACAGUCAGAAUAUUUUAGUGGGAAGAUGUAUAACUCUUUGGUUAUCACAGUCUUCACUUCUAAAGAGGUUAGCUCAAACUGAGGUGUGCAUAAAAAUAUGUACAUAUAUAAUGUACCCUUAUAUUAUGUAUGAGGGAAUUUUUGGUUAAUUAUGUUGAAAUGCCCUAGUUUAAAUAGGAAGACUGAAUAAUAAUAAUAACCUAUUUUCUGGUUGUUGUUGGGGCACCACCCCUCUACACAGCUUGCAUGAACUCAACCAGCUGCCUUGUUAAAGGGGAGCUUUCUGUUGUGUGUGUAUAAUUCAUUUUAUUUAUUUUAUUGCAAACUUCAAGGUUAUUUAAAUGAAGAUGUCUCUUCUGCUCUGGGGAAAACACUGUACUGUCUUCUUGAAGUAACAUACUUGUUUUUGGUCAUGUUCAUGUUACUGAACCAGGCAAAUUCCUGACCACAGUGGGGGGAGUCAGCCUCUUCAACGCACUUUGGUUUCCUUCCGCAGGAAAGAAGGAAUUGCAUCAAUAGUAAAUUCAAUAAAAUCUCACACUUCUUAAUGAAACUUUGGUCAGAGCUGCUUCCCAGCUUGUCAGUUAAGAAACUGUUCUCCACCAUAUGUAGAUGUGUCUUGAGUACCCUACCUCUUAAGAGCUCAGAUCGGGAAGAAGCAGGGAUGAGAUUGGAGAAGACCGCAAGGAAAGGUGUGGUCUUCCAUGAUGGUUUUAUUUUCUGUGUGGAUGCUGUGUCCUGGAGUGCUGGCAGUGACCUUGCACCCAGCGACACCGUAGCAUUGGGACAGCAAAACCCCUGAACCCUAAGUCUAAGGAAUUUUCUGUCCUUGGCCUGCAGUUUUUCUGUGUGCUUUGUAUUACUGUCAUACUUGUUCUAGAAAAAGAAAGGAGGGAAACACAUAGUUCCCAGAGGUAAAGGCUGCCAUUUUGGGGUUUUUUUUUUCAGUCUGGAGUUGGGAUACCUGAAAAUAUUCACAAUCUAUGUAACUCUACAUAGCCUUUACUUGUAUUACCUGACAUGUUUUCUACUUGAAAUCCCAUAAGCUUUUUUCCUUUGGCAUAAAUCUUUAUAAUUUCUUUCUGAAGAUUUCAAAUUAACUUCAGUGUUUUCAACUAGUUCUUUUAAAGCUGAUAUUUUAAUAUUUUGUAUGCAUCAAUAUUUUCAUUCUUAAUGUGAAUAAGUGGAAUUAUUUAUAGCUAAAGAAAGCAUUUGAAAUUUGCACAUGUCCCUAAUAGAUUCUGUUUACCCUCUGUUAGAUUUCUUCAAGUUUUCCUUAAAAAGUGUAAUUCCUCACAAUUGUCAAUAUUAAAAAAUAAAUUAUUUAAGAACGAA